UUCAGUAAAUAUGGCAGUUUUGUUUUAGUUUUCAUUUGGGUCGCUCGUGCGGUGUAUGAAUUAUCGAAGUGACAUGUAAUAUUAAAUACUAGUAUCAUGUAUACAAAGUUUAAUUAUUGGAUUCAAGAAUUAUUGUGCAUGAAUUACGUUGGGGUAAGAAGAAUUAUUGUCUUUUAUGGAAACCCAAGUACUUUAAUGUACCAUUAGGUAGUGAGUGACAUAAAUGCGCUCUGCGAUUAGUGUUAUUUUGUCGAGUCCGGUACCCGACAAUAAAAUGUCUCACCCUGAUUAUGAGCAAACUGCUCAUGACCAUGCAGCGUUACUCUUACUAUUGAGACCUAUCGGUACGCAAAUCAAGCAGAAAACUGUUACUAGGUUAUGUGAAAGGAUCAUUAAAGCAGGUAGUAGAUUCACCGUAGUCGAUUCUACCGGUGGUACACGAGAAAUCCUCGCUAGAUUUGUUAAGGAACAUCCUGUUGAAAAUAACGAUUGGGGAGAUUUUCAAACUCACAGGAAGUUAUUGGGAUUGAUUACAUUUGGAAAAUAUGACAAUCAAGCAGAAUUAAAUGAACUGUGUAGAGUUCAUGAAAGCUUAAAAAUAAAGUACAAUACAACUUUAUAUGAUUCUCGUGCCAUUUUAUUUGGGCAAUCUGAGUCAAAUAAUCGACAUGAGCCACCAGUACCAUUUACUGUACCAUCGAAUUUUAAAACAUGCGCUGUGUUUUAUAGCGAUGAGACAUGUCCUGAUCUUGAGGUUUACAUUAUGGAGUGCCUAAAUUCUUUAUUCUGGAUUUUGGAAUCCAAAAGAUUAGAGAGAUCCAGAGAAAAGAUAGAUAGAGUUUCUCUUUUAUUGGCACCUUUUGAGAAGAAGGAUUUCAUAGGAUUAGAUCUUGAGUCCAGAAACAAUAGGAAAAGAUGUGUUGGUCGUAUGACAAAACAUUUAGGAGAUCUGUGUCUACAAGCUGGACUUCCAGCAGAUGCUUUAAGUAAUUAUAACUCUGCAGCCAGUGUAUUACAAGCUGUUAAUGAUUGGUUGUGGCUGGGAGCUGCAUUUGAAGGUUUAUGUGCUGCAUCUGCUCUAGUAUUAUAUCCAAAUAUGUGCAGAAGUCUUCCACUACAAAGAAAUUCUUCCCUUCAAGAAGGAAGUCCAGGUAAGCAAAGACGGGGUUCACAAGCUGUUGCUACUUUACCAUCACCACCUGCUGUAGAGAUGGUAAAGAGCAAUAUGCAACAUAUUUUACUACCUGAAGAAAUAUCUAAAAAAUAUCGUGAAGCAAUAGUUCAUUAUAGCAAAUAUCAAUAUGCUGGAAUAAUUGAAACAGAAGCUAGUUUUAAAGCUACAAGAAUUUCAAUAGAGCAAAACUGUACUUUGCAGGCUGCCUCCUAUUUAAAUAAUGUUGUACUUAUCCACUUACAAUUAAGCGAGCAAGAAAAAAUUGAUCGGUUUACUACAUUGUCAGAUUUAUAUACUAGUCUUGGUUUUGUGAGAAAAGCAUCUUUUUGCUUGAGAUUUGCUGCAACGAGACAUGUGUCUAAAAAUAAUCCGAAUCCCGAUUGGCAACAAUGUUAUAAUUUAAUGUUGCAAGCUACAUCUGGGUUUAAACUAUCCUUAGAUCCUGUUGAUAUGUCCCCCGAUACUCAUAAGGGUUGGCCAGAUAUUCAAAUUCAAGUGAUAAAUGAACUUGUUGCUGCCGCUAACCGUAUGGGUAAUCCAGCGCUAGCAACGAGACACGUGACGUUUUUACUUCAAACAAUGUACAAUUAUUUAUCCCCCAACGAGCGUAAAGAAACUGCUCUGCAGCUUCAAAACGUUUCUCAGCAAUGUGAAGGUGCACCUGUACCUCUCGUUCUAGAUACUGGAACAGUUAUACCGCCCGCGAAUUUAACGAAUAUUCCAAAAACUAAAUCGUUCGUCUUGAAAAAUAUGCAACCGCAUCUUCAACCACAAAAGAUUGAAAGAAUUAAAGAGGACCAUGGCCCAUUUUUGUUCACGCCAAUUAAUUUCGGUUCAUUGGAAAGAAAAAAUACAUCCAAAAGCAAAGUUGAUUAUUUGUGGGUAGAGGGCGAUAUUUGUGAAGUGUCGAUGCAACUUAUUAAUCCACUUCCCUUCGAACUACACGUUUCUAAUAUGAGACUUCUCACGAAUGGAGUCGUAUUCGAAUCAAUUCCAGAAAGUAUUACGCUUCCUGCCGAAUCAGGACCAAUUGCGGUGACAUUAGCAGGCAGGCCCAAAGAAAUCGGUGACCUAGAAAUACUCGGUUUUAGUACGCACACGUUAGGGGUGAAAUCCAAUUGUAGAUUACGAUACAUGGAGGGAAUGGUACAUCCUCAAUAUACCGUUGAGGUUGUUCCAGCUUUACCUAGGAUAGAGGUGGCUACAAGUUUACCUCAAACCGCAAGUUUCAGUUCUGGAGACAAUAUAGUAACUAGUGCGAGUAUAUCGUUAUACGGCGGUGAAAGUGCCGAAUGUAUCGUCACUAUUACAAAUAAUGGACAGGUUCCUAUCGAAACUAUCGAAUUAUCAGUGCAAUCCACGCUGGACGCAACUACGGAAAAGAAAAUAUUCAAAUGGGACGAUGACAAUUUAAUGAAACAAUUACCUUUGCAGCCUGGGGAUAGCGCGACUCUUACUUUGUACUUGUACGCAGCUACGGAAUUCAUAGCACCUGCAUCGCGGAAUGAUAUUACUAGCAGUACAUAUCUCAGUCAACCGAGCAGUUUAAUGUCUCAUUCCGGACAUAGCUCUUUACCAUCUAGAUUAAGUUCUCCGUCGCAUACGAAAAGACAAUCAGAGUUAACUUCCUCGUUCAGAUCAGGAUUCAGUUCUCAUUCUGGUCAUUCCUCUUUGGCAAGUUCUCGUUUAUCGAAACUCGCUGUGCCGUUACACGCUUCGAACGUUAUCGAGGGUCAGUUGAAAAUAAAGUAUUCCGGCGGCGCCGGUCUAACAGCUGGUUAUUGUCGCACUUCAUCAGUCUUUGUAACCAUAGAAAUGUUACCUAGCGUGCAAAUUACAAAUUGGGACGUGCUUCCAGCAGAAACGCCGUCGCAAUUUUACCUCGUAUUAGACUUAAUAAAUAUGACCAACCACGAAAUGGAAUUAUACUACACGCAAACGAAAUGUAUAUAUAUGGAGGGCAAAGAGCCGUGUAGAAUUCCCGUGCCAGUUGAUCGUUGUCCAUUAAAUAAAUUGUCCAUGUUAAACGGGGCCGGAGAUGUUGGAGAAUUACAAAAAGUGUGUUCCGAACAUAUUGCCUCGUUGGUCGACUUACGGUGGCAACUGUUGGGUACAGAAUCGGUCGGAAAGGCGUCCCUAUCUGGGAUUACACUUACUCAAGACAUGUUAGAUCUCGUUAGGAUGAGUCCUUUACAGUGGGAAAUAAAAAUAAAUGAUGCAGUCGUAAAAGCACAGGAUGAACUCACGUGUAGUUUGGGUGAAUGCGUUAAUGUCGGCAUAGGGAUAUGCAAUGCUCUAGAGCACCCUCUGAGCGACCUUAUAUUAUCUAUAAACUUUUAUCAAGAUCAUCAUAACGGGGUGAAUAAUUAUCAGCUAGAGACGAGGCUAUCCAUCGCUGGCGCGAACAAAGUUAUGCUUCCAGCUUUGCAGGAAUAUGGAAGAGUUUAUCAUGAAUGUCGCGUAGUGUUCUUUACAGCCGGACAGUACAAAAUAGAUAUUCAAUGCAGUAGUAUAGAUUCAGCUCCAAAUACACCGAUACUUUGUUCCGAGUUAAUAAAUGCCGGACAUACGUGGCGUUACAUACCGUCAAUAGAAAUAACUGUUGACGAUUGUUAGCAUGCGUACGGUAAGCAAUCGCGGCGAUUUGUAAUAUUUGUAAAAAAGCGAAAAAUAAAUGUACCUAUGCCUUGUUGUAAUCAAGUGUCUAGAUUUUGUUAUGAUAAUCGUAUACGUAAAAAUUUAACAACUUUUAAC